AUGGAGGAGGAAAAUCAGAUUCUCCUUGUUCAUUUUGAGAGGGUCCUCAGCGAGGCGCUCGCAAUAGUUGUUGACGGCGUCGACAAUCCCUUUCGGUCCCAUAUUCUACCUCUUGCAUAUCAUCAUGAGGUUGUUCUCCAUGCCUUGCUUGGUCUAACUGCGUGUCAUAUUUCUUUCUUCGACGAUGGAUCACCGAUGGCGACGGCGGCAUUGAGGCAUCGGGCUUCUGCUCUCCACGGGCUCGUCGCCCUUCUUGCCAAAGAAGAGACACACCAGUUGAGUAGAAGUGAUGAGGAAGCUACAUUCGCCACUGUUCUGCUGCUGGUCUUCCAUGAUAUUUGUGAAUCGGGGAUAUCGUCCCACGGUGCUCAUCUUGAUGGAAUCUCCUUCUUAUGUGCAAGAUUAGCAAAGUCAGAAGAUUUCUCAAGUAGAUCUCCGGCCAUCAUGUUUUUUCUAGCGGCAUUAGCAUGGUUGGACGUGCUACGUGGGUUUAGCGGUGCUGAGAAGUUGGCGUUUUCUGAGGAUGUUCGCACCCUCGUUCGGGACCACGGAAGUUCGAGCCUACAUGUUCUGGUUGGGUGUCCUCCCGACAUCUUCCAUCGCAUAGCGCAAGUGAUCGACGCCGGCAAAGGCUUUCAGGCGGGAAUUCUCUCAUUGCCUAAUUUCAAGAUCAUCCUACAGGACGCCGACAAAUUCUUCCGCGAGUGGGACCGGGAGCAAGCAGUAUAUCCCACUGCGCAUGCCCAUUGGAAGCCAGUCGCGGAUGCCUUCCGACACGCGUGCCUUCUGCGGGUGCUUCGAUGGCCCGAUACGUUCGCGGUGCCGUGUGAAGACGCGCGGAUACAAGGGUCCGUGGUGGCGAUUCUCGAUGCCUUCGCCAGCGUUUCGGCCGUGGCUCCAUUUUACAAGCGGCUGCUGUUCCCGCUGUUCCUCGCCGGCGCAGACACAAGCUCCCCGCAUCAGAUACAUUACGUCAAGUAUUGCAUCGAAGAAGUCGAGCGUUCAACCGGAUUCAAGCAUCGGGCCAUGAUGGAUCUGCUACAGCGGGUGUGGGAAGAACGGAAGGCCAACAUGUACAGCCAACCAAAUGUCCCAUGGAUGGAAUAUACCUGCUCCUUAACUAUGAAGCAACAGCAUGCGUAUCUAUUUUUCUAA